AUGCCAGUGCCUGACUGCGACGAGACGGCGACACUAGCGCUGAAUGCCCUGCGCACGGCGCUUCCUUCUUUGCGGCUCCUGGUCACAUUUGACGCCAAAGUGCAGGGCCUGGCUGCCGGCAGGGCACAGUUUUCGACGGCAGAUCACUCCGUGAACUUGGUCUAUGCCUCGGCUGUACCCAUCAACGCGUAUGUCAACGGCAUCGGGGCAGUGCAGAAAGAUUUCGGAGAUGCGAAGAUGCAGGAGUUUCAAAGCACCAUCGCCCGGCUCUUCCUGCUUGCCCAGUACUUUGGCUCGCUUCGCACAGCGGCGAACUUCGCGCGCGAGUCCGGGCGCCGGUCGAAAGUCUUCUUGAUGCCCUUAGGCGGAGGUGUCUUCCGGAAUCCAUGGGAAUCGAUUGUGGAGAGCAUCGCCCGGGCUGUGGAGCUGCUGCCCGAACAGGAUUUGGAAUGGCUGGACAUCGGGCUCCUCGUCCUCCGGCGUCCCUCGGGCGGCACAGACCUCCCAUCGGCAGAAGAGCGAAGCAUUGAGCUCCUCAAGUCCUUCCGGAAGUGGAAGCCCGACGCAUCACAUGCUUAG